AUGGAGUUGCACAAGGACGAAGUGACGAGCAUCACCGUCGUCGGCCACAGCCUCGGCGCGGCGCUCGCCACCCUGAACGCCGUCGACAUCGCUGCCAACGGCCUGAGAACGCGCGCACCUGCCGGCGCCGGCGCCGGCUCCUCCCAGUCCCAGCCGCCGGCUGCCUUCGGCUCCUUCCGCGAUCUGAGGGCCCUCCACGUGAAGAACUCCUGCGACGUCGUGCCGGUGGUCCCGCCGCUCACGUACGUGGUGCUGCCCAUCGACACGGCCCGGUCGCCGUACCUGCGGUCGCCGGGCACGCCGCACACGCUCCACAACCUCGAGUGCUACCUGCACGGCGUCGCUGGCGAGCAGGGCAGCGCCGGAGGGUUCAGGCUGGAGGUGGAUCGCGACGUGGCGCUGGUGAACAAGGGCGCUGACGCGCUCAGAGAUGAGUACCCGGUGCCGGCGAACUGGUGGGCGCGCCCAGAACAAGUGGAUGGUCUGGGGGGCCGACGGCCACUGGAUGCUCAGGGACUUCGAGGAAAUCUAAUUGUAUAG